UAAUGCUGCCUCUUCCUGUCUGAGUAAACAGGUGCCACAGCUGAGAAGAUCGCAUGAGCCUUGAACCUGUCAAUGGGGGGAGAGGAUCGAGCUGUACCAUAUAAUUGGGUGGAUGCAAGCGCGACAACCGUAGCUGGCCCCAGUAACUGCAGCAGACCUGCUCCUGCUCCUGCUACCAUGAGCCAGCCACCAAUCCUGCCUCGCACGAAUCAACUGCUGCCACUGUUCAUCAACAUUUUCUCUGCUGUCCCAGCUGAAGCACCAUCCAUGAACCUCCUCCUCCUCCUUCCUCUCCUAAUCCAGUUCUCCCUUCCAUGCACGUCCACCUCCAUGGAUCCUCAAGAGAUGGAGACUCUAUUCCAUGUCAUGGAGACCAUGUCCUCCGACAGAGACUGGAGGUCCUCCAACCCUGACCCAUGCAGCUCCCCUUGGCCAGGCAUCGAGUGCAAGCCAAGCUCGUCUGGCGAUUCCAACCAACAACUCCAUGUCACGAGGCUGGCUUUUGGAGUUUCACCCAAUCCGACCUGCAAACCCACUGCCAUUUUCCCAGCCCAAGUCUUUGCUCUCCCUCGCCUCCAGUCCCUCUUCUUCCUCAACUGCUUCAACGUCACCAAGACCUCCCUCUCCAUUGACGCUAACCAAAAGGCUUACGCUUCCCUGGAACAGCUGAGCUUGAAGUCAAACCCAUCUCUUGUUGGCGCAAUCCCACCUGAAAUCUCUUCGCUGAAUUCUCUGCAAGUCCUCACUCUGUCUCAGAACCACCUCACUGGGAGAAUCCCUGAUAGCAUCUCCCAAUUGGCCUCCCUCGUCCAUCUCGACCUCAGCUACAAUGUUUUGACCUCCAGCAUUCCACCCCAAAUAGGCCAGCUCAAGAAACUAAUCAACCUUGAUCUCAGCUACAACUCCCUCUCCGGCCGUGUUCCGCAGUCGAUUGGCCAAAUGGUGCUCCUCCAAAAGCUCGACUUGAGCUCGAAUGACUUAACCGGCCGCAUACCGGAGACCAUUGGAAGCCUCACCUCGCUCGAGUUUCUGGCGCUCAGCGACAACAAACUGAAUGGUGAGUUGCCAAACGGGAUGGCUGGGCUACUGAGCUUACAGUACUUGAUCAUGGACGACAACCCAAUGUUCAUCUCGCUGCCGGCCGUGCUCGGCCGGCUGGACAAGCUCCAGGAGCUGCGGCUGGGGAACUCAGGCUACUCAGGGGAAAUCCCGGAGAGCUUCGCGCGGCUCACCAACCUGACAAGUCUGUCGUUGGAGAGGAACCGGCUGUCGGGAGAGAUCCCCGCCGACUUUUCGGACCUCGGGAGGAUCUACCACUUGAACCUGAGCUGGAAUUUGCUGAGUGGGGUGGUACCCUUCGGCAGCGGGUUUAUCCGGCGGCUGGGGAGGAACUUGGAUUUGAGUGGCAAUCCUGGACUCUGUCUCAACGCCUCCAACCGGGGAAUUGAGAGCGUCGACGUUGGAGCCGAAUUGUGCCAAGAUGCUGGAAGACCAACUGAAGCAGCAUCAAUGGAGGAAGGUUUGGCGAGUUCUUCGGGUGGAAAACAACUCUGGUUAUUGCUUAGAUUUCAUUGUUAUCAGUUGAUCUUGGGCUGGCUAAGUGUCUGGUGUUCCGGUGCAAAAAUUUAGCUCUCCUCGAAGGAUUUUAAUCUUCUUUUAUCUCCAUGUCUGAGAUCUAAACCUAAAUCAACUCAAAUCAAGAAAUUUCAGUUUAAGUGGUUACAGUUUGGUUUUGAUAUUCAAAUUGAAUUAUGAAAGUUCUAAACGGAGUUGUGUGCUGUA